AUGGACGUCAUCCAUGAGCUUGCCGUACGCCAGAACGUCUCCUUGUCGAUCGAGCAUGUCAACGCUCUGUCAGGGUUCGAGCCAUGGUCGAUGCUGCACACUUGGGAACAAGACAGGAGUCUGACACACGUCUCCCGAGGGUCGGUCCGGUUGGAACAGAUCCACCGGUCUUCUCAACUCGAGUUUCUCCGGCGGGAUCACAUAUCUGGACAUAUUCCGCUCGCCACUCGCUGGGCUAUGGUGCGGCACAAGUCACAGGGCUUGCGCCCCAAGCGCGUGCAGGGAAAGGUGUUGACGAACGCGCUGCUCGCGAGUGCCGAGCCGCCCUCGAUGGUCGAAGGCCUCCUCCGUCGCGGAACUUUCGCACCACCGUGCGGUGGAGCGUGA